AUGGAAGCAUUAAAUGAAAUAGAAGAACUCGUAAACUUAGGGGUCGAAGAUAAAUAUUUUACUGUCAUACUUAAAAAGAAUUGUUUCACAUAUAGAGAAUCAAAAAUAAUUCUGCUGCAAGGGAGAUUUAUGCUUAAAAAUUUUGAUCAAAAAAGGUUCAAAGAAUUUUUGUGCUAUCUAGAUAUGAUUGAAAAUGUGACAAUUACUGGAAUUCCUGAGAAAUUUAAGAAUUUAUAUAUAGAAAAUUGAAUAAGAGAAUAUUUAGAAAUUCUUAAAAAGAUUAUUGAUAAUAAAUCAACUGGAUUAUCAAAUUUAGUUGCAAAAGCAUUUGAAGAUAUUAUAGAAAGAGGUCUAGAGUUAUUUACAAAAUUUUUAAAAAAUCGAGGAAAAUUUGCUGAAAAUUCGACUUUGGUUUAUUUAGGGAUUCUUGAUUUAAUUCCUAUUGAGAGCAAAGAUAUUUGCGACCUGUUCUUACUCCACCCCUCCAUGAGCGAACAAAAAAUUUUGUUCGCUCACGGAGGGGAUUAAUUUUUUUUUUUUUUAAAAUUUAUAUAAUUAUUUUUUCGAAUUUUAAAAAAAUCCCAAUUCGCAAAAUUGGAAAUCAAAUAUUUAUGUAAUUUGUAAAAUUUAUAUUUUAAAAUGCAAUUUGUUCAAAAUUAAACAGAAUUAACUAGAAAUUUAUUACAUAAACAACCACUUAUAUAUUUUUUUUUAUUUUAUUUUAUAAAGUUAAAAACCGUUAUAACGAUAAUAUCUUCAUUUCUGAAUUUUCUAAAUUUUCUAAAUUUCUAAAUUUUUAUAAGUUUCAGAUUUCAAAUUUUUAAUUUUGAUUCUAAUUUUCGUAACUGCCAUAUUUCCGAUAUAAAAUCUAAAUUCUGAUAUUUUUGUGACUGCUUUUUUUCUGAUAUAAAAUCUAAAUUCUGAUAAUGAAAAUCCAUUUCUGAUCUAAAAAAUAAACUUUCUGACAAGAAAUUUCACUUGAGGUUCUGAAUCUUCAUAAACCAGAUUUUGUUCAGCUAAGUUUCUCAUAAAAUCCUCCAGCGCACCAUCUCAAUUCUUCCAAGUUCUUCCAUGACUGUAACGUGAUGAAUGCUUCUUGGGAUAAUUAAUUUCUUCUUUAGUGCAAUGCACCAUUAUGUGCUGAAAUUAAUUAUACCACUUAUAUAUCAAUUUUUUUCACAAAAAAAUUUUUGUUCCCUCAAAGAGGGUGGGUUUUUGAGCAAAAAAUAGGGAUUUUUCCAAUGGCUUUGCUCGCUCACGGAGGGGAAGUUAGAAUGUAUCAGCUAUAAUUAUUUGAUGGGAAAAAUAACAGGUGGCGAAUAUGAAUCUGUACAUAUAAUUGUUUACAAAAUUUUAACAGCUAUUUUGAAAUCUAAUAAAGAAACUUAUAGUCUAAGGCGUGCUUUUAUUACAGAAUUAUUUGAAUUUGCUAUAGAAAUAAGCAACGAUUUUUUAUUGAAAAAAAUUAAAUCUGAAGGUGUGUUUAUUUCAGUUUUUAAAUUUGCAUUAGAGUGCGUCGAAAAUGAUUUUCUUGAUCAUAUAAGAAUGUUAGAUGACCAUAAAUAUGUAUUUAAAAAUAUUUGAGGAUUUGUGAUUUAUAUGUAUGAUGAAAUUUAUCAAAAAACAAGAUUGUUAAUUAGUAAGAUAACUCUUAAGUAGCUCGUCUUCCGUCUUCUGUUUCUGAAACCUUUUACGUAAGAUACGACUUCCGCUCUGAGAAAUACUUCGGCAGUUGCACCGCUACUCGCCUUUAGCUUCAAAGAACACUCUCCUGUCAUCUUGUGCCAGUGGGUUGAUGUCUCCAUAGGUAAAACUCUCAGAAGAGCCGAAGUUCCCCUUCAAAGAACCCAAAUUACGGGAACUGCAAUUAUCGGAGUAGCUCCAAUUUAAUUUCGAAAAACAAGAAAAUUUGCCAUUUCAAAUGAAAUAUUGGAAAUUUCAAAACCAAAAAUAAUAAAUAAACUUAAGGAAAAUUUAAGCCAUUUAGAUGAUUGCUUAGAAAUGUUUACAAACUUCUUUCACGAAGUCAAUGAGGACCAUUUAUCGGACAAGCUUUCAGAUAUUUUGAUAGAUAUACUAAAAAUAGGAAAUCAAGCAGAAAUCACGAUUGAUUUAUUGGAUUAUUUUACAAAACAUUUGCAAAUGAAUUUAUUUUCAAAUAAAAAAUAUAUUAAAUAUUUGAAAAAAAUAUUGAUACUAUCUUCAAAGCCAGCUAGAUCUGAACUAUUUCUACAACUUAAGCCUGAACUUUCACCUGUUAAAAAUUUUGAAAAUAUGAUGACUGUUUAUAAUUUGUUCGAUGAUAUUGAUGAAAAACAUAUAAAAAAGAUAGCUGUUAAAUUAUUCAAAAAUUAUUUAAUAGAACAAGAUACGCAUUCAUACCGAAAUUUAUUGGCAUUUUGUGAGAAAUGUCCAAGUUUAUUACUGAGAAUGGAGCUUGAAAUGUUAGCUCCCCUUAUAAUAAAUAUUUUUUAUGAAAAAGUUUUUGAUAUUUAAAUGAUAAUUAGUAUAAUGAAAUCUCUGGCUAAUUUUAAACAAAUUACAUAAAUAUUUGCUUUCUAAUUUUUGAGAAUUGGAAUUUUUAAAUUUGAAAAAAUUUACUAUAAAAUUUAUAUUUAAAUUGUUUUUAAAAAAAAAUUAACCCUCUCCAUAAGCGAACAAAAUUUUUAUUCGCCCACGAGAGUAAGAAAAAUCUUAGUAUCAGAUGAUAAUAUUAUGCUUAAACAAAAAUACUUCAAAAUUGCCUAUGAAAAAGUUCUUGUUGUAAUAAACCCUUUAUAUGGUUUAAAAUUUGAUGAAAAUAUCUUAUUACCUAUUGACAGAAAUAAAUUGAAUGAUUUAUGGAUUUAUUUAACAUUUUUUGAACAAGCUGGAAAAGUUUUCGGAAUUAAUGCUGACUUUACACAUAUUUUUUCCAUUCUUUCAAAGCUAAGCAGAGACCUUAUAAUUGAAAAUUCCAUAAAUAUAAGUAAAAAUUCGAAAAUAUUAAAAUCAAGAUUAAUUUUUAUGAUUCUUCAAGAAGAAAUAAGAGAAUUGCUCAAGGAAACAUAUGAAGCCAAGAAAACAUGCAAUAAUUUAUCCCUAGUUUACUGUAUAGCCAUUUGUCAUCAUUUAUCAAAUUUAUAUUCCAGCAAAUACUUUCUCCCUCUUAUUUUUUCUUACUUAUCACAAGAAUCAGCACUUAAAGGAGAUCUUAAAAGUAUUUAUACAAAAAUUCUUAUAACUCCCCCCCUCCGUGAGUGAACAAAAAAAUUUUGUUCACUCACGGAGGGUUAAUUUUUUUUUUUUAAAAAAUUUAUAUAAAAAAUAUUUUUUUUUCAAAAUUUAAAACAAUCCUAAUUCGCAAAAAUGGAAAGCAAAUAUUAAUUUAAUUUAUAAAAUUUAUGUUUUAAAAAGCAAUUCGUUCAAAAUUAAAUAGAAUUAGCUCUAGAUUUCAUUAUACUAAUUAUCAUUUAUAUAUCAAAAUUUUUCUAUUAAAAAAAUUUUUGUUCACUCACGGAGGGUAGGUUUUUGGGCAAAAAAUAUCGAUUUUUCUAAUGGUUUUGUUCACUCACGGAGGGGGGAGUAAGUAUUAUAACAGAGUCAUUUCAUGAGCUUAUGCAUACUAAAAUUACCUAUGAAUUAUGAUCAAAUAAGCUAAUUUAUGAUAUUUAUGAAUUAAUGGAAUCAUCAAUUUCUCAUAUAAAAAUAGUUAAAGAAACGGCUCAAGAAAUGCUAUGUCUUUAUUUAUCAAAAUUUAAAGGAAAAUCAUCAAUGAGAUUAAAAUCAUGCUACUUAUUUUCCUUUCCUUGGAUUUUUCAAUAUAAAGAAGUCAUAAACAAAGCUCUAACUAUUUACUAUGAACUAAAUAAAAAAGAUAAAAGUCAAAAAGAUACAGAAAUUGAUAUUAUUUUUUUUCGAAAAUUUAUUUAUGAAGGCCUUUUCAAGUCUUUUAAAAACAAUAAAACUGCUUUUUCAUCAGCAAUUUCUGCUAUUCUUUAUGAUAUGAAAAAUCAAUCAUCAAGCGCCAAUGAAUUUAAAAUUUCAACUCUCAAUAAUAUUUAUUGAGAAUUUACAGCGAAAAAAAUGAAUAAAACAUUUUCUGCAAAUAUGUCUUCUGGUAAGAAAAUAAAUGAAAACCAAAAUAAAGCAACUGAUCUUAUACAAGAUCAAGACAUUAAUUCAAAGCUUACAUUGCUAGUUAAAAAUAGUCGUUUAACUCACAAAUUCAGUAUAAAGGAUAACCAUUUAUCUACCCCUAUAUGGUUGCAAAGAAAGAAUAUGGCCUAAAAAUUUUGCUGCUUAAAUAGAAUAUACUCUAUAGUGGUAUGUCUUUAUUAUUGGGACUGGGAAUAAUAUUUUUGACGACCCAGCUGAUUCUUGAUAAUAAUAUUUUUAACAUACAAUUUUACUUUAAUUAUCUUUGCAAGCUUAGUCUUAUACCUGAGGAAAUGAGUGAUUUUAUAUGAUGCUGAAAAUGGAUAAUUUAUACAAAAAGAUUUUAUAUUGAUAAUUUAUUUGAAAACCUCGAGAAAGAGUGAAAAAAUAUGCUGAAUCAUGGAGGAAUGGUCGCACCACAAUGCCCUUAUAUAAAUUCUUAUAAACUGAAAUAUGAGUCUCCUCUUUUUGUCAACACUCAAAGUACAUAUUAUAAUAAUCGCUAUAAAUCUUGAGCAAACUCCACAAAUUUAGAAGAUUUUGUUUUAUCUCAAUCUCGAUUUUUGCAGUUUUUAACUAAAGAAUGCAGCCAUAUUUCAAUUAUUUCAGAAAAAGCUUUAUUCAGCAUAACUAUGAUGAUAAAUGAAUUUCUAUCAAAAUCCAUAAAUCCAAGUAUAUUAGACAGCCAUAAUUGUUUAUAUGAACAGAUUUCAUGUCUGGUUUUUAUUAUAAAACAAAUUCAUUUAAUUUACAAAUUUCGAUUUUUACAAGGCAAUUUUAUUGAUUUUACUAUGAGCAUGUUUAUGUUUUCUUCACGAUGAGUUAUGUGAAAUUCUGGUGAAAAAACAGAAAAAUUUUAUAAGCUUAUUUUAAAUUUGAUGGAGGUAUUAAAUAAAUAG